AUGCCAAAGAAUUCAAGUCUCAACGGCAAUGCCACCGAGGAAAGCAUUGAAAUUCCCGACGUAAAUGUUCCGUUUGGUCUCACAGUCGAGCUGAUAAUCUUCAUAAUUCUCUCAGAAAACGUUCUGAUCUUUCUAACCGUACACCAAUACAAGAAAAUCAAAGUCAUAGACUUGCUUAUUUUGUCUCUGGCGACUUCGGACUUUGCGAAUGCGUUGCUGCCGCUACAGAUGCUAAACAUCAAAGCGCAUUUUAUUAUAAGUCCCUGGUCACGAGGGCUUUGCGGCACGUUUGUCUGGUCAACUUAUGCCCUAAGAUUUGCCUCACUCAGCACUGUUUCGCUCAUGAGCAUUGAGAAAGCAGUCUUGCUUUUUCAACCACUGAGAUAUUACACGCAAAUGACAUUAUCUCUGACGCGAAAACUAAUCCUAGGCGCUUGGGUAUCCUCGGCAUUGAUAGCUACCCCUGCAGUUGCGUUUCAUUUUAAAAAUAGUCAAACUGAAAAGAAAGACGUGAAUUGUCGCUACCAACCAUACCAAUUUGGAUUGGAAUUUGGAGUAGCUGUGGAAACGAUUGGCAUGCUUCAUUUUUUUAUUGUCCUUGGCUCAUAUCUUGCCAUGGUUCUGUCGUCGAAAGGCUUUCGGCAACGACAGAAACGAAUGUUAUCCUCAGCUCAUGGUGGACGGAAAGAGAAUAAAAAGGGACGAACGGAGACCCGGGGAAUGCUACAAUCAAAGCAGCUGUGCAGAGUAAUGGGAUAUGUAGUGUUGCUGUAUUAUGUAACAUGGCUGCCAUUUUUGAUCUACAACCUGUACGGCCUGGUUUCAAAAAGCACAGCAUACAAUCGUAAAAUGGGAGCCAUCGUUGGCAUGUCCAGUCUUAUUGCUCCCGUACUUAACCCAGUACUUUAUGUUAGGAUGCUAUCUCGAUACAGGAAAGGUUUUCUUAUUCUGUUUGGACGGCGCACUGACCUGGGAUCGGAGGACGCGAUGCGCUGCUCUAAGAGUACUCAGACCAUUGGAGGAAGACCCAGGACUCUAACUUCGGUUACCUUUUGCGGUAAAGGCGAAGUGAAAAAGCAACACGAUAUGCAAUCAAUUCAUUGAUUUGUAUUUAAUACUGAG